AUGAAAGUUCUAACUUACAGUUUCUUUAUAUUGCAAGUCUUCGGCGGAUGGAUACCGAUCUCCUGGAGCUCGACGGUCAAAGAGCAGAUUUAUAAUAUUUAUACAUUAAUUAUCGGACUGACAAUGAUUACCUUCUUUGUCUCCUGCACGAUAGAUUUGUUUUACACUUCAAAUGUAGAAUUAAUGGUCCAGAAUUUGUCGAUGACUUUCACAGUGUUUGUUGCCUGGUCGAAGUUAGUUCUGCUUAAAUUAAAGCGGAGUGAAGUUAGGAAUAUCCUUCGGCUUCUGGAUAGAAGACUCUGCAGGGUAGAAAGGGAAGAAGAGGCGGAAAUUCAAUUUAAGCAUGAUAAAAAAGCAAAAGACAUUGUUGUAACUUACUUCAUCCUGGUAGGCUGCGCAGUAUCAUUCAUGACAACAGCUUCAAUUUUAGACAACCUAUCAGCUCGAGUUCUUCCUUUCAACGGCUGGUUCCCGUUCCAGCACUUUAACGGUUCAGGAUUCUGGAUCGCGUAUUUCCAUCAAAGCAUCGCCCACUUCUACGUCGCCAUGGUGGGAUCUGCAUUUGACACCGUAGUCUGGGGAGUUUUCAUCCAGAAUUCCAACCAGUUGGUCAUUUUGAAGAGCAGGUUAGAAAGUUUUGUAAGGAUAGCUCAUCGGAACAAGACAAGUGGCACUGGUGACUUAUCUUAUUUAAGAAAUUGGGAACACAAAUUCAUGAAAGAGUGCAUUCAUCACCACUGGAUCAUUUUGCAGUUGACUAAUGAUCUGUUUUCGCCGAUAAUAUUCCUGCAGUACUCAUUAAGCUCAUUGAUUCUUUGUAUGAGCGUUCAAUUGUUGACAAAACUUGCUUUUGGAAGUCCUGAAUUUAUGUUUAUUGUUUUUUACCUUUCUUGUAUGAUAUCACAAAUUUUUUUGUUCUGCUGGUACGCAAACGAAGUUGCAUUAGAGAGCUCCGGUAUAAGUUCUGCGAUCUACAACAUGGACUGGCAAUAUUUGACGAAUAAAACCAAAAAGGAUCUACUUUUGAUGAAAAUAAGGACUGUCAGGCCAAUUAAGUUCACCAGUGGAAGCUUGAUUGAACUUUCUCUAGAGUCUUUCACCAAACUCAUGAAGUUUUCUUACACUGCGUACAAUGUUCUUCAACGGAGG